UAGGUUAUAUGGUGACGAAAGUUUUGCUGAAUAUCUUGAUCGGAAUUUUAUCUGCUAAUUAAUAAAUAACAAACAGCAAUGGUGUAGCAAUAUCAAGAUGAAUGCAUUCCUGAUACUAGUAUUCAUUUUUGUGACUAUCCACGCAUGCCUCUCAUGGCUUCUGCCCGCUGUAUUAUCAUGGUUAUUCAAAAGAAAAUACCAUAUCAAGUUAAAGAUAGGCAGAAUAGCAGUUUUGAAGUUGAUUCUAAAAGAUGUUAGUCUAUCAAAGGACAGAUAUUAUGUGCAUAUUGAUGAAAUAUCAUUCCGUAGCAGUUUUUUCAAUUCAGAAAUAAACAAGCUUGUGUCUCUAGUUAUAAAGGGCGUAGAGUUAACCAACCAUGUUGAAGAAAAGAGAAGUGUUGUUGUUGAAACAAUCCUCAAGCCACUGUUAUCAAAACAGAAUUCUGUGUCAAAGAAUGACACAGAUAAUCAGACCACCAACCUAGAUGUUUUGAACCCAAGCUUGAAUAGGAUGGCUCAAGGGAAAAUUCUAGAUUUCAGAGAUAAGAAAUUGCCACAUAGUUUAAUUAUGUUUGCUCAGUUCAUGGGUGUGCAUGUGUUUAAUGCAGCAGUGACUAUACAGAAUGCACUUGCAAACACCACACUCAUUAUCACAGCAUCGGAGGUUCAUGCGGACGGGGCUGCGGGGGGCCCGGCCCGCGCCUUGGUCUUCUCAGCCAACCUGGUACAGGUCAAGGCUCAAAUAUUAAAGGAUGGGGGGCACUUAGCUGAUGCCGGCUGCUGCUUGCUGGUUGAAGGCACAGUGAAGGCUGAGGGUCCUCUGAACGUGGAAAAAAUCCACGCGGUGGUGUCCAACACAACUAUAUCAUUCCAAGACGAGUUAUUCCAGUACAUGAGUAAACAAAACGUACCAAAACAAACCAUGAGGCCUGAUUUAACAACUGAGGACCACACAGGCACUUUGAUUCCACGUUUGUCACCAGUUAUACCAAAGAUAUUUAGUUUAAGGAUAGACACGACUCAAGUCAAAUGUGUGGACAAUCUCACGAAAACCAAUGCAGAGUUGUCUAUGCAAAGUUUACAAAUAAAUUCCCGGUUCAGCGCCGCGUCGGUGGCGGUGACGGGGGCGGGCGGCGUGCCGCAGGUGUACGUGGCGGUGCAGCUGGACCGGCUGCGGCUGGCGGCUGACCGCGACAGCCUGUUGUAUCUACACAAACUUAAGCUGGAUGCUAAGCUAGAGAAAGGCGUGCUGAAUCUCUACCUCAUAAUCAGCACUCUAAACGUAACAUACGAUCAUGGGCAAGUUUUCAACUGGUACUCCACUGUUAUGGAGAGGGUUAAGAAAUCAAGAGCCUUGCAAGUCAGGAGUUACAAUACUCAAGCUUCACCAACGCCCGCGUGGGUUUCUCGCGUUUUCUCCAUGUGCGUGGUGCAAGGGUGCGCGGAAUUACGUGCGGUGAAAGUGUUAGCACGGCUGAAUGAUUCCCGCUCCUUGUCGCUUGGCUGUGCCGGGCUCAAAGUGAAGCUGGAGCAGUUGAGAGAUAUUAGAGAAGAGUUGUACACCUGGCGCGUGGCCCAAUUGGUGGUGGGCCACCGUCACUGGAGCGCGGAGCUGCUGGUGGACGGGGGCUGGGUGUGCGCGGGGCAGAGGCAGGAGGAGGGGGAGGCGCAGGCGCCGCCGCGCCGCCGACACCAGUGGGGGGCGGCGCUGCUGGCCGUGGCGCUCGUCAAGUGGGGCAGCCACGGGGCCAGGGACGAGAAGGUGGAAGCAAUGAUAGACUCCCUCCGGCUCGAAUGGAGCAAGACAAUAGCCGAAACAGUAAUAUCAUUGGUCGAAUGCAUCAACCAAUACAAAUCCUCCAAACCGACACUCCCUUCACCCCCUCAAGAGUCCCCCCCAAAUAUCACCAUGAAUUUGGCUUUGUCACACAUUAAUCUGUUCUUGAUAAUAAAUGAGAAUAUGUGUCUAAUGACGAGGGUAGAUGCGGUGACGUUAGAGAAGACGAUGGUGAAGUCUGGUGUGGUCGUGUCUGGUCUGAAGGUUGUGGAUAUGGUGCCUUAUAAAGGUACAGUCCCCUGCCAAAGAUCAGACGAGAUCAUAUCAGCAUUUUUCCACGUCAGAAUGGCGAGAAUAGAACACAUACCUUCCAUAGACAAUAACUCUGCCUUACUAGACAUCCAGUUUUUAGAAAACGUUGAUUUAGAAUGGAGCGCGAAUUUACACCUCAAAAUAUUCACAUUUGUCAAAACCCUGAAGGCUUUUCAUCAAGAUUUCAAGGCGGCGAGAGAAAGAGAUGGACAUAUACAAGUGCAUAAAAGUAAGAAAAGGACAGCGUUAGAUUGGAAGGUGUCGUUUAAAGGAGAGACUAAUUUGGGACUGAUACUGUCUAAGGAAAAUAAUAUGCUAUUUGCAACAGAUGACAUGACCAUAGCCUACGACCACGAGAUGGGUUUGUCAAUGGCGUGGAGUGUGCUGAAGAUGAUACUGAAUGGGGACGAGACGAUGACAGUCGAAGGUUUCUCGAUGGGAAGAGUCUCCGAUGAUCACGAUGUCAGGGUCGAAAGGAAGGCUAAUGAAGGCUUUGUUCUCGUAUGGAAUAAAGUCUGGUCCGUGAACGUAGUUUCAGUCCGUCUGGUGUUACCGUACAAGCAUCGCUUCGCGGACGCGGUGCAAGGCGACCUCGUCUCCUUGUUCAAGUGGAUCAAGAUCGUCCACCACGUACAGAAGAAACCCUUCACUUCAGACAGCCCACUGCCCAGUGAUCUGAACAUUAAGAUUGAAGAAAUCCUGAUCGAGAUGAGUGACGAUCCGUUUGAGGUGAAAUUACGAGAUAACUAUGAACUGCUGGAAGACGAGUAUAAGGAGAGUCAGAAGAGAAGAACUAUGCUUGAUGCUAAGGUCCAAGAGCUCUACAAAUCGCAUUUAUUCCUUCCUUCGGGUAAAGUUGAGGAGUUAUACGCGACAUUGCAACAGAAAGACGCACAAAUUUACGUACAAAGAUGUCGGGCGGCCCCGCCCCCGCGCACUAGAUUGGUCGCAUGCUGUUUAUCGAAAUUGCACCUGAUUGCUUUGGCCGACCCGAGUAUACAUGGCACGAGAAACGUUGUCGAGGGACUGAGAAAUGUGGACUUUGAUUCGCCAUGGCCAGAAGACGGCAUAGAGUUCACAACCCUGUGGUGCCGCGCGGUGUCGGUGCGCUGUGCGCAGUGGCAGCUGUUGCUGAGGGACUUCCCGCAACCGUUGCUUCAUAUGAGCGCAUUGAGGCUAUGGGGCACGAUACGGGCUGCCGAGGAGAAACCACCGCCAAGAGCGGUGAGAACAGUGGAAGUAGACCAGGGAGAGCCGUGGGGGAAGAUGGAGCUGGAGAGGAGCAUGAUGCCCCUCAAGUGGUACUACGACCUGUGCUGCGAGAUGGCGCAGUUCAGCUACGCGUUCGGCCCUUGCUGGGAGCCUGUCAUCGCGCACUGCAAUUUGUCUUUCGACCAAGUAUCCCGGCCAUCACUCGACCCCUCUGCCCCUCUGGCGUGGUGGGACAAAGUCCGUCUCCUGAUGCACGGACGCCUGACAGCCAACUGCGCACGCUUCACGUGUCUGUUACACGUGUCCCUAGAUCCUUACAAUACGACCGAGGAGAUGGAGGUCACGUGGACGGAUUUAGUCCUAGACUGGACUAAUGGCAAACUGGGUUUUAUGGGAGAACUAAACGUGUUCGUGCGCACGGCGAGCAAGUACGACGACUGCCGAGUGUUGCGCGUGCCGGCGUUGCGGCUGGCCGUGAAGCUGGGCUGGCAGUGCGUGGGGGACCCUAGAGAUCAUCACGCUGUGGCGCCGUGCGCACCUACCAGAAAGCCGGAAUAUUCCAGUAACCAGGAACACGAUUCGUACAGAGCCUUCCGUUCCCAAGGGCUAGACCUUCAUCUCAGCAUGGAUACAAAACCCAUGGACAAAGACGGACCAUGUUUACUACUCUACGGAAGUACACUAAGAUGGUUCGAGAGCCUAAAGCUGAUUCUAUCAGGUAUAACCCGACCGACGAGAAGAGGUCGGGUGUUCGGCAAUGUUCGGCCGCGCAAACCACAACUCUCCAGACAUUAUAGGAACUUGAGCGUCUCGUUAACACUACAUAAUUUGCAGGUGUUCUACUGGCAAUCGUCAUCCAUGCAACGCGGUAUAGAAAUGCUAGGAGUGCGUGUAACUUGCGGCUCUAAACAUCAUUUGUCUCUAGUUCCCUGCAAUGACGGCCUGGUGCGCAGGCCUAGGGCUAACUGGACCACCGUGUACAUGAACUGUGACUUGAAUGACGCGGAGAUAUGGCUGAAGACCAGACAGGCUGCCGAUCAGAGGGAAGAUGAGAACUCGUCAAUGUUAAGCCAAAUGCCGAUGGAGAAGUGCUACUGCCUCUCCGUGCGCCGAGUGUCCUACGGCAGGGAGGCUGGAGGGGCGGGGGUGGGCGGCGCGGGGUCGGUGGGCGCCGCACCCACCCACAGGCUAGCGGUGCAUGACCUGAGGGGCGCGUGGACGAAGCUGAACAGAGAUCUGGCGUUUGCUCUCAUCGAUACUUACAUCAAGACUCAACAACUGAAAAAGAAUUUGUCCACAAAAGCGUUGAAGGAGGAAGAAACGCCAGCCACUUCUCCGAAGCACCAGAGAGAGGCGGAUGUGGUGUCACCGCCCCCUACGUCUUCUCAGGGCACAAGCGCCGGCGCCGGCGCUGGCAUGCUAGCGGCGCUGGUGGCGGAGGCGGGCGGCGACGCGCCCGUGGUGUUCAGCGACGAGCUGUCGGGCGCGGACGGCGACGCGCCGCCGCCGCGUCUCGCGCUCGACGACGACACUGCGCACACCGCCUGCCUCAUCGAGCUGGUGAACUCGCAAGUGGUGCUGAAGGGGUGCGAGACGCGCGGCUACGUGAUCCUGUGCGCGGCGCGCGCGGAGGUGCGGCAGCGCGUGCGCCGGCAGCCCGCCGCCGCCGCCGCCGCCGCCGCCGCGUGGAGCGGCGCGCUGUCCGCGAUGCAGUACUACGCCACUGUCUCCGCCGGCGACCGCGACCAGCUCGACGAGAAUAUCCAAUGGGUGUCCGUGGAGGAGAUAGAGGAGCGCUGGCCCGGGGCGGACAUCAGCACCCUGCCCGACGUGCCGCGGCUGGUGGGCAGCGGGCACUCGGCCGGCGGGGUCAUCGGCCGCACUGUGGGGCCCAGCGCCGACGCCAGUCUGGCCCAGCUACAACGUAUCGUGUCGCGAUGCGCGUGCGAGUUCUACUACAUGUCGGUGGAGGAGGCGGAGCGCCGCAGCCCCGGCGCGGGCUGGCUCAGCGCCGCGCAGCCCUACGACUCCUUCACGCUCAUGCACCACGACCUGGACGUCUGCACCAACUCGUUGCAGUACGCAAUGCUGUUGGACGUGGUCAACAACGUGGUGCUGCACGUGGAGCCCGAGCGGCGCCGCACGCUGGAGCGCCGCGCGCGCAUGCGCUUCCAGCUGCAGCUGCACCAGGACCAGGACCCCAGGCAUCUUAUACACAACCUUCAAACACAGGUCCGGGAGUCGCUGGCUCGUCUCCGCCGUCUGGAGAAGGAGUACUACCUCAAGAACCGCUCCAUCACCGGCAACGACCCCGCUGCCUUGUACGAACUGAAGAACUUGGAUGAUCAGGUGAACGAAUGCAAAGAAAGCGUUUGGUCACUCGGCGAGGAGCUGGACGCCAUGGUGAGGGCGUGGCGGGAGCUGGGCCGCGAGCUGGGGCGCAGCGCCGCGCCAGCGCCCCGCGAGCCGCUGGCGCCCCUGCAUCGGCUCAACGAGAUCUGCUUCAAGUCCGCCAGGUGGCGGCUGACGGACGCUGACGGCCAGCUGGGCAUCGCUGACUUGCUGCUGACCAACUUCUUGUACACGAAGACAUCCCGGUCUGAUGAUUCUGUGGAACAUCAGCUGGAAGUCGGAUAUAUGCGGGUCACCAACUUGUUGCCAAACGAACCGUUCCCAGAGGUGCUGGUACCGCAAGCGGCGUCGGGUCGGGCGCCACUAGCGCGCCGCGCGGCGCUGCGCGUGUUCUGUCGGGAUCGGCCGCCCGUCGGCGGCAUCGCUGUCAAGGAGCACUUUGAAGUCAACAUCGUGCCCUUCAAGAUUGGGCUGACGAAGAAGUUCUUCAACACGAUGCUCAAGUUCUGUUUCCCCGAGCGCGACCCCGACUCCAUCGAGGAUGGUGAAGAAGAAGACGGCACUCUCAAGCCCAGUUCUUCCACCAGCCUGGUCUCCACGGGCUCUAAGAAGGCUAAGAAGAAGAACAAAGAUUCUAAUUCCAACUUCUACGUGAAGAGGGAUAAGAAAGAUAAGGACGAUGUGGAGAAAAUGAAGGAACGAGCGGAAAAGAACAAACUAUUCAUUUACAUCAAAAUCCCCGAGGUGCCCGUCCGCGUGUCCUACAAGGGUAGCAAGGAGAAGAAUCUAGAAGACGUGCGGGACCUACCUCUAGUGUUGCCUACCUUGGAGUACCACAAUGUGACGUGGACCUGGCUGGACCUGUUACUGGCCACUAAGUCGGACACCAGAAGGGUGAUUCUCUCUCAAGCCAUCCGUCAAAAACUGCAGCUUCAUCGGCGCGCGGCCGCGGCGCCUGAGCCUUUAGAGGAAGACAAAGCGAGACUUCUGCUGGGAGAGAGGACUGUGGCAGAGAGUAAACCUCAGAAGAAGAGCGUGCCGAGUGUAUUCAAAUUCUCGAAGUCCUAGCGAAAACUGAACCAAUAAUGAACCAAUAGCAUUUAGCGAGCGAAUCUGAACCAAAUGUAGACUGUUAUAAAGUUACUUUUAGCACGAAGUUAGAUUAUGUCACGUUUAGUUUUGUAAGUAUAACUGAGAUUAUUUUAAUCAAUAUAUUUUGAUUAAGAAGGAGUUUUCGAGAUGACCUUAAUCAAAAUUUCUAACGAAAAAAAACAGGACCAAAUGUGUCCCGCCUUUUAAUAGGACCAUUCCACGACGACGACCUCGGUGGCGCAGUGGUAAGUGGCUCGGUGCUUGCCACUGAAUUGAGAGGUCCCGGGUUCGAUCCCCGGUCGGGUCAGGAUGUAAAAUGAUAUUUUUCUGAUUGGCCCGGGUCUUGGAAGUUUAUCUAUAAUAUAUGUAUAUGUCAUAAAAUAUAGUAACGUUGAGUUAGUAUCCCAUAACACAAGUUUUGAACUUACUUUGGGGCUAGCUCAAUCUGCGUGAUUUGUCCCAAUAUAUGUAUUUAUUUAUUCCAUAUACCCCCGUGGAUGGGUUACAAAGGAACUAAGGGAUACAUAGCCUUGACAGCUGAUAGGUAACAAUAACAUUCCCAUAGAGGGAUUCACUGGAUAACAUUCCCAUGGACGUCUGAAUCAGAGACGAAUCUUCAACAUUUAAUGGUUCCGUUAUUAAGUGGACCCUAGGAGUUCUACAGCCGUGAAUGUGACCGAGGAUUAGAGAGAGUGAGCAGUAACACGCGCGUGCAAUAAAAUGACGUCUAACAAAUAUAUGAAAUCUUAUGAAAGUUAAUUAAUCGGUUUGUGUUGUGAUUUUCUCGUUAAUAACAGAAUAUAAAAGACAUUUCAAUAGAAUUAUAUAAAAAGAAAUAUACAAACUUAAUUUAUAUAUAUAUAUCUCAUCUUCGUCUAUCUAUAUACAAUAAAAGGGUAGAUAUAGGAGAAUAUGGGAUACAAAUUUAAAAUAAAAUAAAAUUAAAUAAACAAAUAUAAAAUGUUGAUAACUACUAAUAUCACGGUGUUACGAAACCAAUUGUGAUCAUAUGUAUUAAGAGUAAUUCGUAUUAAAUAUUUACAUAAUUAUACUAACUCAUAAAUUUGUAUAUCAUAUGUUAUGGGAAUCAAUAAAAUUGAGAGAAAAAAAAAUUGAUUUGUCUUUCAUAAUUGGAUUGACUUUUGGUAAUAAUUUUUCAGUUGCAAUAUAAGAAAUGAUAAGGUAUUCGAUAUAGGUUAUAAUAUAGUUCUUUAUAAUAAAUAUUCUAACUAUGAUGAAUGGAAGUAUUUAAUUAUGUUAAUUUCUAUAGCACGAAGUAUUUUUAUCGCAUAAAACUAUCCACGAAAGACUGUUUACAUAGAUAGAUAAAUAAUACGAUUAUUUCCUAAGUAUUUGUAUUUUAUGGCGCUAUUCAAAUUUUAAUAUGUAUGUAUAAUAAUUUCAUUAAAUAUAUGUAAUUUAGAAUA